AUGCCUUGCGCGAGAAAAGAUAAGAAGCCUUUCGCAGAUAGAAGUGACCUGCAUUCAACCCUCCCAACAGAUGCUGAAGCCUACAUUGAGAAGCGCCUCGAUGCAAUCCAGCAUCCAAAAGCCUGCUCCCAGAACAAGUGGCUCGUGGUGGACUCUGACGUCUCUGGGUUGAUGUGGAAUUUCAACGCUGCCAUCCGCGCCCUAGUCGUCGGCCUCCAAACGAACAGGACGGUCGUCUUCCAAGGGCUAGAAGUGGACCCCAAAAAGCCUUGGAGAACGGCUGCAUGGGACGGAUGCAGCGACAAGACCAUCAGUACUUGGGAAGAUGUAGCUCCGGCAGGACUAUGGGAGGAUCUGGUCGCAACCGGCGCAGUUUACAUGGAAGGUGGAGGGGAUCCGUACACUAGUACGUCAGUUCAAAGAGUCUUCAUGCUGUUUUCCGUCAUCGCAAAGUGGAUGACGAAACCGGUGCCAAGGAUCAAGAGCAUCGCAGAGACGAUCAUGGCCCAAUAUCCAGACGUAGAGUCUCCAAUUGUUAGCCUGCACAUCCGCAGAGUCGACAAGAUGACAGAAGAUCCUUACUGGGAGGAACACCGGCAGUACAGAGAUCCCUCUGAGUACGGGAGGACAAUUACCGAGCUGAAAAAGAGCAGAGGUUAUCUAUGGCCUACGGUCUUCGUCGAGUGCGACUCGGAGGAGCUCCUGCAGCGAAUCGUGCGCGACCCGGCCGCCUUCGGCCUGCGCAAAGGCGUGCGCAUCAUGUACAACUCCCUCCUCAACCGGUCCGCCAUCGAAGAGUACCACGGCCACGACCAAGUGCCCCCCGAGAUCAAGGCCGAGCUUCAGGAGCACUUCGUGGCGACGCUCUACGUCAUGGCUCAGGUCUCUGACUACGUCGUCGCAACGCUGACGUCACACGUCGGUCGGUAUCUCUGGGAGUACAUGGGGGCAAAAAAGCGGCUGGAGCAGGUUGGGGUGGAGGGCGAGUUGGGGUUCUCUUUGGAUCAGCCGACAGGGCCGUUCUAUCAUGGACACUGGUAUCCGUGA